AUGGCCGACAUUCUCACACAGCUCCAGACCUGUCUGGAUCAGCUCGCAACCCAAUUCUACGCAACACUAGGCUAUCUCACAACAUACCACGACAAUGCCCCAACAAUACCCCCAAACGUCCCCAACGCAGCACCAGCCCUAGCAAAAAUGCCCAAGAACACCACCGCACCACCCGUCCCAGCCGCCGUCGCAAACCGAGUCGGCGGCGCAGCCGCCGCAGCAGGAAACGCAUCACCCCCGCACGCACCGCCCCAACAACCCGGAGCUGCACCGGUAGCAGCAGCAGCAGAGGGUGGGGAUCCGAAUCUUCCUCCGGCGCCGGACUCGCCGCGCACAUUUGCUAGUCGGCAGCGUGAGCUUGCGCGGGAUCUCAUUAUCAAGGAACAGCAGAUCGAGUAUCUUAUCUCUGUGCUUCCAGGGGUUAGGGCUUCGGAGGCUGAGCAGGAAGCGAGGAUUCGGGAGUUGGAGAAGGAGCUUAGGGAUGUGGAGAUGAGGCGCGCUGCGAAGGUUAGGGAGUUGAAGAAGUUGAGGGGGAGGUUGGAGGGUGUUCUUGGUGCUGUGGCGGUGGGGAUUCAUGGGGAUCAUUAUGCGAAACAGUGA